AUGAUUCCUCAUCGAAGUACGGGGCUGCUGGCGAUAAUUGUCUUUGUUGCACUGCUCCUGUUUAUCUUCUCGUCCUCCCCGAUCCCCGAUCCGUCCGCCGAAGAUGAAGGCUCAGGACCUGCCAAAAUCCAUGUCCCCCUCCCGAAACUACCGUCGCUAAGCAAUUUUCACUUGCCGUCGUUCCGCGCGCCUUCCCAUGAACCGCCUCCAGAACAAACGAACAGUACCAGCGGCGAAUCGAAAUGGUUUAGUGAUUGGGAAUGGAAAAACCCGUUCUCAUCGGCAAUCACACUGGAUGAGAACCGGUCCGUGCUUCCUCCGCUGCAGGAGCGCCGUCGGAUCUACACCUAUUAUAAUCCCAAAUAUAACCCCAAGAAACACACCGGCAAGGACUUGAAGGAUGACCAGAAUGCGGACCAGGAGCUCCUUCUCGCCUGGCGACGAGCCUGGUUUGCCAUGGGGUUCCGCCCUAUCGUCCUAACGCCAGGAGAUGCGAUGAAGAAUCCCCAGUACGAGGUGGUGCAGAAGUUGAAGCUGAGUUCAGAAAUGGAGAAUGAGGUAUUCCGAUGGCUGGCUUGGGGCCACAUGGGAACAGGACUGCUCGCGGAAUUCGAAUGCUUCCCGAUGUCUCGAUAUGACGAUAACCUCCUGACCUACCUCCGACGUGGAACUGUGCCUGAAUUUAUUACUCGCUUUGAAAACUUCCAGGGCGGCUUAUAUUCGGCAGAGAAACAGCGCAUCGACGAGGCAAUCAAUCAGGCCGUAAAGAAACUCGAUGAUAAAUCUACUUCUUUUCAAGACUUGGUCGCCCCGGAACUCUUCAAAGUCGAGAAACCCAGCGCCCUUGCCUAUUACAAAUCUUCCAACAUCAACUCUAAGUACCCGUCGGUGCACGAGAAGAUCGCCCAGAAUCCUGCAGCCGGCCGCCUGCAAUUGGUACAGCUCAUCAACUCUCACCUCCACAACACCUUUCAAAACUCCUUCCCGGCUGGUCUUGCUGUGCUGAAGCCAUUCCCCCAGUAUACCACUGCCUUGGUCGAGCCCGCGCUUCGGCUCGCGAAGGCACUGAUUGAAUGCCCGGAAUCUCCAAUGCCUACCUCAUGCCCGCCUAAUAUUCCCGAAUGCCGCCCCUGCGUUUCUGCCAAGUCACCCAUGCGAAUCAGCCAACCCUCGAGCUUUAAAAACACCACCUUUCUCUUUACCAUCGGCACUCUCCCUCAUCCAUAUACCCUGAUCACUCUGCAGAAGAGUUCUGACGAUAUCACAACUCGCCGAAUCCGCCGGGAGACUGAGCGGGACGCUUGGCUGACAGACGUGACUAAGGACCACCUAGGAGAGGAAUUAGGCGGCUCUUCUCGGGGAGCGGUGUUCAAGCAGGUUGUUGCCGGCGAACAGGCCAUCGCCAACUCCCUCUGGAUGACAGUCGAGUCUCUGCCGGCGGAAGCUGGCCAGAGCCUCCCCGCCGAGCUCUUGGAUGAGUUUGAAUGGCAAUUCGGAUUCCAAAUUCCCCGUGGGAGUACCAUCGACCCGAAAACUGCGACCGACAAGGAAAGUGUGCAGGGCAAGAACCCGAGCCAGCAAGGUGUUGGCAAAGAGUAUGAAUUGAUCCAGAAAGCCCGUGAGGUCAUUAAGAGCAAGGAAACAAAUCGGAUCAACAUCAAGGAUGUCGCUGAAGCAUGGAACCUGGCGGACACCGAAGUGUGGCGAUUCGUCAAAGCCUAUCGGGCUCGGAGCGUUGUGGAGCGCAAGCAGUGGGAACAAGAGGAGAAGAACUUUGCUGGCUCUCCGCAGUGA